AUGGACCUGAGUUAUCGCAAUCGUAAUGACCCUGCCCAUCAGUUUCAACAAGAAAUCGUAAAGUCAGAACUUGUUCACCAAACCAUUCAAGCGAUCCAUCGACUUGUUCAGCAGUACCCAAGUGAUUUUGAUCUGAAUUUCCUUGAGCUACCAACGCAACACCCAACGCUUUCAGUUCAAGAGGCAAUCAGUCAACUUUACAACGACACAAUCUCUUUAUAUCACUCACGCAAUGUCACCUUUGACAACCAAUGGCACUGGAACGUAGCUUGGCGGCAAGCCCUAUCAUAUGAAAGCAUAACUGAAUUAGCAGAUGGUGACACGGCAAAGAUUGUGAAUUCGUUUCAUCCGAAAAGUCGCAAGUCUCUGGAUGCUAUUUAUAAGUAUGAUCUAGCGAGGUACAUGCGUUGGUAUCCAUGGCGGUGGUUUUCAGACUUGGUCUUGAUAGGAUCAGGUGGAUUCUCGGCUGUUUAUGCUGCAAACGUUUCAUUACUAUAUGAUGUAUCCGAGACCGGACAGCGAUUUGGUGCACGGCGUCGUCCAGUGGCUAUCAAGGUGGUAGACGAAAAGAUUCUAAAUGAGAUUAUAGUUCAAUCCAGAGCAUUCUUGGCGCUACUGUUCCAUGGCAUCACUGUAUGCGAGAGCACAGGCGAUCUGUUGAUGAUUGCUACGUUGUCCGAAAAUGGUAACCUGGAGCAUCGGAUCAAUAAACCGGUGCAAUUUGGCUUGGAUAUGGUCAAUGCGACAGAUAUUGUCAUUCGUCUUGCAUUCAACCUGGCUAGUUUACAUGAUGAAAUUGGCAUGUGUCAUCGCAAUAUACAUCCAGGCAAUGUACUGUGUGCAGACGAUGAUUACUUUUUGGUGGAUUUCCGGUUCUCCACUGCAUCGAAUCAGGCUACUGAUGUCACCAAAUCAUCCAUGGGCCAUUAUGGUCGGAUACCCUAUAUCGCUCCCGAGGUGCGAGAAGGCAUAUAUACUGAAAAAUCCGACGUAUACUCGCUGGGCAUUAUUAUGUGGCAAGUCGUAUCCGGAAUCGAGUUUCCAUCGCCCGAGCUAUUGUUUGAUGCUCCUGACGUCUACCGAGUCGAAUGGAUUCCAGGUGUUCCGGAAUGGUACCAGGAGCUGAUGAUGGCAUGUCUCGAACCACGUCCCGAGAAUCGACCCACAGCCGAAGAAAUUGGGCUCAUUAUGCGCAAGUACGCUGUAUCGACUCAAUCGGACAAGAUGCAGGUUCAUCAACAAGACUGGGUAGCUUAUGCAACUCGCCGCCGUACCGAGUGUAAGGUGCAUCAAGAACGCUGGGCGUCUAGCCAAACCCCAUCCUAUGUCAACGGCGAUCGUUAUCGUUUCAACAAUGAAUCGGGAGAACCUGAGGCUGUAACUAUGAGUAGCAAGAAUGAAAAGGAAAUUCAAAUGAUGACCGCAUCUCGAGUGUAUGCGUUUAGGUCUUUGCCAUGCACCGAAUUUGUGAGCCUCCCAUUCCAUCAACGUCCUUUUGAUGCUACAAACUGGUCAGACGAAAAUUAA